GCACCCGCAGCGCCCCGCACCACCCGCGCAUUCCGCACACAUGGGAAGACGAAAGAUCGAGAUUCAGCCCAUCACGCACGAGCGGAAUCGUUCUGUCACCUUUUUAAAGCGCAAGAACGGUCUCUUCAAGAAGGCGUACGAGCUCGGUGUCCUCUGUUCCGUCGACGUUGCGGUUAUCAUCUUUGAAGAACGGCCUGGCCACCAUGCCAAACUUUAUCAGUACUGCUCGACUGAUGUCAACGGCAUGGUGUCACGGCAUAUACGCUUUGACGGAGAAAGGGACACGAAGGGCCCUGCGGACUUCAAUAACAAUAACAACAGCAAAGUCGACGACGCGGCGGACGAUGACGAUGAGGGUGACGAUGACGACAGCUCUCAGAAACGGCGAGACGGUAGCAAAUCAGCCAAGGUGAAAGUGGAAAACUCCGCUCCCAGCAUCGUCCCAAUCCGACCAGGUCCGCCGUCGAACGACAACUCGACAAGUCCAGAACUGGACUACCGGUCGAACAUGCGCGUAUCCCCCACCGCAAGCACAUCCUCCUCCUCCAUCCCUAUCUCCGGCGAGCGGCACACGUCGGCCAUUACUUCUGCCGCCCGCAGCAUUCCUAUCAGCAGUACCGCAAAGCGGCAACGGCUUGAUGACGCCUCCCACGGAAUGCAGUCUGCGUCCGCAAGUCUCGGCGCGAACUCUAACCAUAUCGGCAGCCCGACAUUCCCGUACCGGAUAGACAUCGACAUCCCCUCGUACUCCUCACCAGGCGGGGCGUCCAUGAUUCCCUCGCUAUCACAACUGCACUCGCAACACCCAAGCCUGACCGCGCUAUAUGCGGGCAGCCCGUCGUCCAUGUCGUCCAUCAUGAGCGGCGGCUCCUCCUUCCUUCCGCAGUCGCCGUUCGACCUCUCGCGCGGCCACAAUGCGGCGCUGCGCACGGUUUCGUUCCCGCCGGCCGGGUCGUCGCCGUACUCCCCCCAACAACAACAGUCGAACAACCUCUUCGCGCGCCCGCAAGGCGGCGGGCAGGGCCAGCACUCGCACGGCGGUUCGCACGCCCACGCGAGCGCGAGCAACAUGUUCGCGGACCUGCUGGGCUCCGCGGGCGAGCAUGGGAACGGCGCGGGCCACGGAGGCGGGGGCCCGGGCAAUUUCCCCUCGUUCGAUUGGCCCGUGCACGCCGCGUCGCAGGCGUCGCAGCAGCAGGGACAGGGGCAGCAUGAGAACGCUGCACAAGGCUCCCCAACCUCGGACAGCAACUGGUUCGACUUCCUUUCCGCACCAACAAACGCGGGCGGCGGUGGCGGUGGCGGCGGUGGGAACGGGCUGUCGCUCCCCCCUCCCGUGCCCCCACUAAGCAGCGCGCGCUACGCGGUUGGGUCGCCCCCGGGGAUGGGCCGCAAGCGCCUGCGCGACGAGAGCAACGGCGCGAGCGACUCUGGGGAGAGUGACGAGCAGGGGCGGCGCGAGCGCUCAGGUAUGAACGGGAGCGCGGGCGGGGACCGGAAGAGUUAGCAGUGAGCGCGCGCGCGCUCGAUGUGCGCCCAGGGCCCGCUGCGCUGCGGACGUGGGUGGUCCAGCUGCCGACCGUGGUCGCUGCUCUCUGCGUAUGACCGGCUCGUUCGAUCCCGGCGUGCGCCGCGGUCGCGGGUGUGGGCGCGAGUGCGGACCAGGGCGGGGCUGGCUGGCCGCGUGGCUCUCUGCGUGGUGCCCGCUUGGCGCAGGUAGGGGGGAGGGGUGAGAUAGAGGUGGGAGCCUCGCAUGGCGCGGGAGAGCGCCGCUGUGCUCCGUGAGCUGUUUCGUCCGCUUUUGCUGUACAUACCGCUUGCGUUUUGGACGAUUGCACUUUUUUU